UAAGAAGAGGUAUGCAGGAUUCUCGUUAUGUGGAUUUUAAUUACAAGGUAGUAGGAUGGUAUUUGCUGUGUUCCUCCUUGCCUUGAUUCGUAUACUAACCUGCUAUGCUCAUCCUACGUUACUUUUUUCAACUGGGAAAGACAUCAGAAUUGCUAAUAUUUCUCGACCUUCUAAAGUCACCACAAUUGUUAAGGACCUUGAACAAGGCUUUGCAUUAGACUUUUGCUAUGAGGGGCGGUUGGUCUGCUGGUCCGAUUCAAAAUCACUUAUCCAGUGUGUCAGCUACAAUGGAACGCACGUUGGCUCCAAGGUGAAUAUAAUUGCAAAUCAGCAAAUAGUUGCUGAUGGACUUGCUUGUGAUUGGUUAACUCAAAAACUAUAUUGGACUCAUGCAGAAGCUCAUCGAAUCGAGGUUGUUUCCCUCGACAAAUACUACAGGAAAGUUCUAUUUUGGGAAGACAUUGAUGAGGUCAGAGCAAUCGCUCUAGUCCCGACGGAAAGCAUCAUGUUUUGGACAGAUUGGGGUGAAACAGCAAAAAUUGAACGUGCUGCAAUGGAUGGUGAUCCAAAAAGUCGACGAGUCAUUGUUUCUCACAACAUAUUUUGGCCUAAUGGGCUUACUGUAGACUAUGAUUCUAGAAAAAUUUACUGGUUAGAUGCAAGACUCCAUUUUAUCGAUGAAAUGGACUAUGAUGGUAGAAAUAGAAAAACUGUUACCAAUAAAGGAGUACAAUAUCCAUAUGCUUUAACAUUUUUUAAGGAAAAACUAUAUUGGACUGAUUGGGAUACCUGGUCUGUUCACAUGUUUGAUCGUCAAUCGGGACACGAAGGGAAAGAACUAGUACAUGUCCAGGAUGCUGUGCCAAUUGAUAUCGAGGUCAUGGAUCCAUCUAGACAAAUCUUCAAAAAGACUCCUUGUCAUAAUAAUAAUGGUGGCUGUUCACAUCUUUGCCUUCUAUCUCCUAAUCCUCCUGGUUAUACUUGUGGAUGCCCUACUGGUGUUAAACUCUUGGAUAACUUUACUUGUGCUGAUGGUCCCCAAGAAAUGAUUCUUUUAGUUCAAAUGACUGAAAUCUGCCUUAUUUCUCUUGAUUCGCCUGACCAUACGAGUUUCUCCCUGAACCUACAUGGAAUCAAACAUGCUAUGGGAAUUGAUUAUGAUCCUGUGACAGGCUACCUUUACUGGACUGAUGAUAUGGCUCAGGUAAUACGAAGAGCACGCCUUAAUGGUACUGGCCAAGAGACAGUAGUUUCAACUGAACUUGAAUUACCAGAUGGAGUCGCCAUUGAUUGGAGAGCACAGAACCUGUAUUGGACUGAUACUGGAACUGAUCGUAUUCAAGUUCUCAGGAUUAACACUACAUACACUAAGGUUUUAAUUAAUACUGAAUUGGUGGAACCCCGUGCAAUUGCAGUAGCCCCCGAUGAAGGACUAAUGUUUUGGUCUGAUUGGAAUGAGAAAAAACCAAAAAUUGAAAGAGCAGCCUUGGAUGGAACACUUCGUGGAAUUUUGGUCAGUGAAAGACUUGGUUGGCCAAAUGGUAUUGCAUUGGAUGUUUAUGCUAAGAAAUUAUACUGGUGCGAUGCUAAAACUGACAGUAUUGAGGUCAUUAACUUUGAUGGCACUGAAAGGAGAGAAGUUGUAACCGAUAAUUUACCACAUGUUUUUGGCAUUACAUUAGUUGGUGAUUACUUGUACUGGACUGAUUGGCAAAGAAGAAGUUUAGAUUCAGCUCACAAAGUUACAGGCAACAAUCGAAAGGUUAUAUUGGAUCAGUUGGCUAAUAUAAUGGGUCUAAAAGCAGUGGGAUCUCUUAUUCCUUCUACUGUGGAAAAUCCAUGUGCUAUCAAUAAUGGAAAUUGUGCUCAUUUAUGUCUUAAUACUCCAACUAAGUAUGUGUGUGCUUGUCAAAUGGGUUAUGAACUGGAAAGCAAUAGAAAAACAUGUGUAGUACCAGAAGCAUUUUUGUUAUUUGCCCGGAAAGAAAACAUCGGCCGUAUAAGCAUAGAAAAUCCUUAUAACGAUGCUAUAAUUCCUGCUUCAGGGAUUAAAGAUGCAAGUGCUUUAGAUUUUGAUAUUAAGGAUGAUAGAAUAUUCUGGACAGAUGUGAAAGCUAAAGCGAUAACAAGAGCUUAUAUAAAUGGAUCACAUGUGGAACGAAUUAUAGAAUUUGGCCUCGAAUCUCCGGAAGGUCUUGCUGUGGACUGGCUAGCUCAUAAUAUUUACUGGACAGAUACAGGUACUAAGAGAAUAGAAGUAGCAAAAACAGAUGGCAAUUAUAGACGUGCCAUCAUCUGGACUAAACUUCAAGAACCUAGGAGCAUAGCUGUCGAUCCUACUGAAGGGUUUAUAUAUUGGAGUGAAUGGGCUGGGUUGGGCUCAAUUCAUCGAGCUCAUCUGGACGGAAGUAGUCCUAGAAGUUUAAUCAGUAAUGUAGGAAGAGCUAACAGCUUGACCGUGGACCUGGCUGACAAGAAGAUUUAUUGGUGUGCUCUUCAGGGGCAUAUAGAGUCAGCUAAUGCUGAUGGCAGUAGAAGAUCUAUAGUCGUUACCAGUGCACGCCCUUUUACAAUGAGCUUGUAUCAGGAAAAGAUCUACUGGUCUGAUUGGGAAACUGGUAGUCUGUAUGUGGCAAACAAGUACACUGGCGAGAACAAAACAAUUCUACAUUCUAAGGUAGAGCAGGUGACUUCAGUGGUGGUCUACCAUAGCUGGAGCCAGAGAGGGUGGGGCCCUUGCCUCACUGGUGGAGGCUGUUCCCAGCUCUGCCUUGGUCGAUGUGCAUGCCAGGCCCACUACAUCCUCAAUGACAGGAAAUGUAUUCCACCAAGUUCUUUCAUGCUUGUUUCUACCAAGAACACAGUUAGCAGGCUUUUAUUUGACUCUUCAGAUGCUCCAGAUGCUGCUCUCCCUGUAAUUGGGCUGAAAAACAUUAAAGCUGUCGACUAUGAUAUGCAGCAGCAUACACUCUACACUAUUGAUGGUCGUGCUCAGAUUAUGAAGAAAUGGAAAGAAGGUGAUGGUUCAAGCAUUUUUAUUACCGGAAAUGAUCAGUUGUCAUCUUUUGCUGUUGAUUCUUAUUUCCGAGCCCUGUUUUGGUCAUCAGCCGGUGAUGGAACCAUAAAUGUCACAAAAUUGGACAAUACCUCAGUUCCAAUUGUUGUUGUUAGAAGCCAUGAUGCAGAGAAGCCUAAACACAUAGCCCUUCACCCAUUAAAAGGAUUGUUGUUUUGGGUUGCUGAAGGGAUGUCGGAUAAUAGAAUAUAUCGUUGUAAAUUAGAUGGUGUUAGAAGAGCAGUCCUAAUCUCAGGCCUCCAUCCAGUAACAGCAUUUACUGUUGAUUCAAAAGGAGAUCUUAUUUAUUGGGCAACUUCCUCUUCUAUUGAAUCAGCAGAUAUUGAUGGCAAACAAAGGAAAGAAAUAUUCACAAGUUUUAGUUUGAAAAUUAAUGGACUUGCAGUUUUUGGACGAUUUUUAUAUUGGUUACAUCCUCAAACAGUGGUUCAAUAUGAUAGACAGACAAGGGCUAGAAAAAAUGUAUUUUAUUCUCACUAUCAUCUUACUGCCAUAGCUGCUGUGAAUAUACUACCACGAAGAGAAGAAACCUUGUGGGAAUGUCUAUCUGGGAAGAAAGUAAAUACCCACAUGGACUGUAGAAGAGAAGGUGCGUGUGGACCAGACCAGUUCCCAUGUGCUAGAUCGCCUGGUGACUGUAUACCUCUAAAAUGGCGUUGCGAUUCAACUGUAGACUGUCAUGAUGGUAGCGAUGAGGCUGACUGCCCACAGUGUGAUGGUGACAAGUUCACUUGCCAGCCAGGUCAAUGCAUUGAGAUGCGAUUCGUUUGUGAUGGAAUAGCUCAGUGCUCAGACAAUUCUGAUGAGAGAUCCUGCUGUAGCAAUGGAGGUGGCCAUGCUUGUGGUGGAAAAUGCUUUCCUGCUUCUGUUGUUUGUAAUGGUUGGUCUGAUUGCCUGGAUGGGAGUGAUGAGGCUGGCUGCCACAUGCAAUCACCUCCAUCUUCUCCACCUUAUUUUCUUCUGAUAGCUCUCCUUAUAACUUCAUUUUGUAUCGUAAUCCUAUAUUCCAUCUGUAGGUGGAAAAUGAGUGGUAAGCCUGGCGCAGUUGAUGGUGUGAUAUGUGAUCCAGCUUUAGACCCCCUCUCACCGAAGCAGUACAGACCUAAACAUUCCAUGAGGAUGUCCACUUUACAACGGUCCUCAUCGAGCCAGCCAUCAACAGGUUCCCUCCUCUACCCAUACCCACAGAACCCCCCACCAUCACCAGCUACUACCAGCAAAGAAUGCUCUCUGUAUAGACCACCUCCUCCGACACCGUGUUCUACUGACGUUUGCCAUGAGAGUGAUUCUAACUACCAGGGUGACAGUGAACCACUUCCUCCUCCACCUACUCCUACUUCCCUUUCACCGUCUUCUUCUACAUAUUUUCCUCCACCUCCUUCUCCAACACCCUAAAUGAACUGCCUAUUUUAUUUUGUUCGACUAAUGUAUAUAUCUUACCUCAUGUUUCAUACAGUAUAUUGUAUAUAUUUUUAUUUACUUAAAAUCUUAUUUCCUUGACUAGAUAAAUGUUAUCUAGUUUUAUAAGUGCCAAAUGUAUAAAUAAGUAAUAUUGGCACAAGAAAUUAAAAUUUAACAUAACAGGGCUUUCUUCCAUAAGUGCCUCUUGGUGAUACCUCCCUGCAAAUGUAUAUACAAAUAUUUUAUAAGAAAUAAGAUAUUUUUUUGGCACUCACUCUCAUUUUGAUGCAUCAAAUAUAGAAAAUCCCUCCUGUUAUAAUAUCUUUUUAGUACAAAACAGUACAAGGUAUCUUGAUUAUUUAUAUUUGCUCAUUUAUUUAUUGUUCCUUCUUGUGAAUAUGUUUUAAUUUCGAUUAAAACAUCUCAAAAACUAUUUGAGGGGAAGUAUAAUUUUUAUUUUAUAUUCUUAUUAUAGUGUUAUUAAAUAACCUUUCAAGCAAGAAGGAGACUAAGAGGAAGAUUCUUAAUUCUCGUCUUAGUUUUGUAGCUUACGUAUAUUUAAUUUGGUAUUGUGUUCCUAGGGAUCAUACUGCUUUAAAAAGAAGAAAUGUUAUACCAUGUAUUUAUUUUUUGCAUCUUAGUACAAGUAUUAUCUUGCCAUGCAUUAUUGUAAUAUCUUAAGUUGUAUCAUAGUUGUUUAUAUGUGCAAUAUUUAUUAUAUGGUUUUAACAGAUAUAUUUGUUAAUGACUUGAAUAUUUAGUAUCAAGUUUUGUUUGUAAAUAAUAUUUUAAGAUUUUGUUGUUCAAUUUAUUGUAUAAAGGUAAAUGAUUUGUUUACACCCACUGCUCUAAUUAGCUCUUAUACUUAUGUAUAUAAAUUUAUUUAAUGCAUUUAUUUCAUAGGUAUCAUGUAGUAUAAGCGGCUCAGUAUAAUGAGUCAUUUAUACUGCAUAAUGGCAAGACUGGACUAAAUAAUUAGUUCCUAAUUCUUUAAGAACACAUUGUGUUUAUUUGAAAUGUUUAUUCAGACGAAGUUGAGCAGUGGUAAAAUCCUUAGUUAUUUAAAUGUUUUUUGACUUGUUAGACGAGCAAAUGUUUUUGUAAUAGUUAAAGCUGGUAUAGCUGCCUUUGUUUCUCUUUUUUAUUUAAUAUUCUCAUCUCUCAUAUACAAUGGUACCUUUAAAUUUUAAUUGAGAUGCUUUAAUAGUAAUAUAAGCUUUUUAUUGUGCCUUUGUAUUAAUAAAUUGUAACUAAUUCUUGUAAAAAUACUAGCUUGUGUCUUCCAAGAAAAGUGUGAUCACUAUCCUGAUUAAGUUAUCAAAACAAAAUUAUAUGUGUUUAUAGAUUUAUGUACUUAUUGUAAUAUUAAUUUUAAAAAAAAUAGAUUUGUAACAAAAUGUAGUUUUUUUUUAUAAUUUUAUAUUCACAUAGGUGCCUUGAAUUAUUGUACUUUGUUUGCAAUUAAAAAUAUUUUAAAUUAUCAUUUUUUAAUUAAAUUAAGGCUGUUUUAUUAAAUUUAUGUUAUUUUCCUACUCCACUCAUAAACAAUUAGUGAAUUUUAAUUAUUGAUGUGUUUCUCAUGCUUUAACUCACUCAGAAUUAAAAAAUCUAUAUCUUUUUACUUAUAACUGCAGCUUCUCUAAUACCAAGAAAGGUGUGGACAUUCAUGAAAAAAUAUAUCCCUAGUUUAUUG